CUUCCGGUUGCAUGAAUUGUAAAUAGAUCAAGAUCAAAUCUAGUGUAGAGUCUAGAACUCUACUCGAUUCUAGAACUAGAGAUCUAGAGUCAGUAUAGUUUCUAUAUAUCUUGAUUCAAAUUAGAAUAGAAUCUAAUUUAGAUCUAGGUGUUUUGUGUUCUAAUCAGAUCCAACUGAUUGCUCCAACAAAUGAUUUUAUAAAAUCAAGUAAUAAAACAUUCUGUCAUUGAAAAUGGAAAACUUAACAAGAUCUAUGUUGUUGAGGAGCUCAUCCAUGAGAUGGUUUGUUAAUUCAUGUAUUUAUGUGCAUACUGAAGCCUUUCAAGAUCUACCCAGAAUAACCUGCCCUCUAAAAAUUCAAAAAAAGAUCCAAUAUGCAAGAGACAAAAAACUGAAGGAAAGUUUUUUAUUAAAUCAACAGAAGAAGAGACGAGGGCCUCUUAUUAUUUCCUGCAAGCGUCGGCAAUACAACUUUUACCAAGGGGAAGCUUUUAAUGAAUUUGAUACCCAUAAACUAGUUAGCUGUGGCUGGAAAACAAACAAGAGGCUUGAUGAUUACUUCACCAUAUUGCCCUAUUCAAACAACCCUAGUAUUUCUGAAGCUAGCUGUUCAUUUCAGGAACUUGGUAUUAAUGAGAAAUUAUGCGAGGGCCUCAGACAGUUGGGUAUUACCUCUCCAACAGAAAUUCAGCAGUAUGCAAUUCCUAGAUUAUUAAGAGGAAGCAAUGCUAUUUGCACUGCUGAAACUGGUUCAGGAAAGACUUUGGCCUACCUUCUCCCUGCUAUAGAGUGGAUUAUUAGGCAAAAGCUCUAUUUCAAAUCAAAUGAGGGUGAUGAGUCAAGAUACAACAACUUGAACAAUCCAAAUACUGUCAUUAUAACUCCAAGCAGAGAGUUGACUGAACAAGUCAUGUCUGUUGCGGAAUCUUUAAAGCCAUAUGCAGACUUUGAUCCUUUUUUACUGGGGAACAGCAGAAAACACAACCAAACUCCAAUGGACAUGCUGAUCAGUACACCAGGUUCUUUGAUGAAGCAGCUGAAAUCAAAACAAAUUAGCUGUCUUAACUUACAGCAUAUGAUCAUUGAUGAAUCUGAUACUUUGUUUGACGAUUCAUUCAUUUCAGACAUUCAGAAAAUUCUUCAGAUGUUCCAUGUUCAGGUAGUAGAAAAUGAGGACAAUAACGGACUACUUGGGGGUACGCAGAUUGUUUUAGUCAGUGCCACAAUGCCUGAUGGUGUAGAAACAAUAUUAGGGGAUCUUAUGCCUCUGGACGCUGUUGCUAAAAUAUCCACCCAAGGCCUCCAUAGGCUACAGCCUCAUGUUAAACAGAAAUUUAUGCGCAUCAACACACAAAGUAAAGGACAAAAACUGGUUGAGAUAGUUAAAAGUAACAUAGAUAAGAAUGAACCUACAUUAAUUUUUGUAAAUAACAAUAAGACUUGUUACUACUUGGAUAAAAUGUUAAAUGACAAUGGCAUCAGCUGUUUAAAACUAAAUGGUGAAAUGUCAUCAAAAGAAAGGAUCGGAGUGUUCCGCAAAUUCAAAGAUGGCUUUUUAAAUGUACUUGUGGCAACUGACAUUGCAUCACGAGGUCUGGAUACUGUUAAUGUCCAACAUGUAAUCAAUUAUGAUUUCCCUACAUUUAUAUCAGAUUAUAUUCAUCGCGUGGGGCGGGUUGGUCGUGUGGGCUCAACAGAAGGACAGGUCACAUCAUUUGUCACACACAAAUGGGAUGUGGAAUUAGUCUGGAAGAUUGAGAUAGCUGCUCGGAAAAUGAGAAAACUUCAAGAUGUCAAUGCUAAUAUCAAAAUGAAGCUGAGUGAAUUAGACACUGCCAAAAAUGAUGUUUUUGAGCUAAAUAUUAUUUAGUGCUUUUUUUUUUUAUUUUUAUUGUUUCAACUAUUUUCAACAACACUAUUAAAAUAAACACACAUACAAAAACUUUUAA